AGAUAAUGAAUAAUGUUGUGGGAUCCAGCAGCAUUAAUUUAACAUGGUUUGUUCAAUAAUUUCCUGGCUUUGAAGUUAUUUCACAGUGUUUACUCAUCGAUCUACCAUGAAGAAGCAUUUUAUAAAAGUUAAGCAGUUUGCCGACAACGUUGGACGGACUGAGAAGAAGGAGGUUCUCUCUAAGGAUCUCGCCUCCGUCGAGAAACGGGUGAAGCUUCUGGAGCAGACAUGCAGUGCCACUUACAAGAAACUGGUGUCUCUGCAGGGGGCGCCAGGUACACAGGACGUUGAGAAACGGCGGCGGAAGCAGCUCACGAGGCCCCAGAUGUCGGCCCAGUUCCUCGAGAAUCGCUCGCUGCUGGACGACGGCGGAAGCGUCGGCGGAGGCGGCACGCUUGCGUUGAUGUACCGGCUGUGCGGCGACGCAUACGCUACGCUCGCAGAGGGCGCCACCGUAGCGCAGACGACGCUCGAGGACGACGUGCUUGUCCCGCUCAAUAACGUCGUCGAGAACGACUUCCCAAACGUGAUGAAGUUGAAGAAGCAACUUGAAAAGAUGACAGCUGAGCUGGAUGUACUGAAACAGAAGUGGCAAACGUCAGUGCGUCAAUCAGCACAGGUUGGUAGCAGCGGUAUCGCUGCUCACGCGGCCAAGGUAGAGCAGACAAAAGCAGAGAUGGAUGACCUGCUAUUAAAGACAGAGCAGUGCAAGGACUUUCUUGCCACAGAACUCUACCGACUGUGCUCCAAGGAGGCAGAAUUCGGUCAACUGCUGAUAAAGUUGGUAGAGAUACAGAGGCAGUGUCACAGGGAUGCACUCACCUGCCUAGAUGAACUGCUACCCGCACUGCACAGCCAACGAGAUCUAUUCAGGCUGAAGCCCGUGUAUGGGGUUGCACUCGACGAUCACCUUCGCGCGACGGAUCGCGAUGUCGCAGAGGUUCUAGAGGACUGCAUCUGCUCGAUACUCGACCUUGGACUCGAGGAGGAGGGCUUAUUCCGUGUCGCCGGCAGCAAAACGAAAAUCAAAAAGCUGACUGCAGAGUUUGACGUCGGCUCGCCGGACCUGACAGAGUACGACAUCCACUGCAUAACCGGCGCGCUGAAGCAAUACCUGCGAGCGCUGCCUGAGCCGCUGAUGACCUUUGACCUGUAUGAUGAUUGGAUGGAAGCUACCAGAGUUGAUGACUUAGACAGCAAGUUACAAGCACUGUGGAUAGUUUGUAGCAAACUGCCAAAAACUUAUUAUACAAACCUCAGAUACCUUGUCAAGUUUCUGGCAAAGUUAGUCACACAUUCCCAAACGAACAAGAUGACACCGACCAAUGUAGCAAUAGUUUUUGGACCAAACUUGAUAUACCCCAAGGGUGAUGAUGGGAUGAAUGUGUUCAUGUCGGCUCAGCAGAGCUCCAUCAUCGAGACGCUCGUUCAACACGCCGACUGGUUCUUUCCUGGAGAUGAGGAGUUUAAGGUCACUGCCGACGGCGUCAAGGUCGCAUCGCCGUUCAUGCUCAGUCACCUGACGAGCGACGACGCACUGUCGCUGGCAUCGACCGACUUACGCCGUCGCAACCAGUCUCACGAUUUGCUCAACGUGACAGCGACGCCCCCUAGCAGGCACGAGGCACCGGACAACAUUUCGCUGACUUCGUCGAGUCGUUGCGCUUCCCAAGACUCGCUGUCUAGUUUACUGACACCGGGGGAGAGUUCGAAGCAGGAGGGGAGGAGAAGGAAGAGGCACGCGCCUCCGGUUCCCAUUGAAACUGCGGUGGUUGUUCCAAUGGAGACGGUAACAGAACCCAACUCGUUCGUCGACAGAGAGAACAAGACGAACGGCGAGUGCGUCCGGCCCAGCAGCAUCGAGGCAGAGAAGAGUCCAAUCCUCGCUAAGGAGAGGCCCGUGCCGCCUCAGCGCUCCAGCUCCUACACGCCGCCGACGAACAGUAACCGCCGCCCCUCGGGACCGCCCCCGGGGAAGCCUCCUCCGCCGACUGCCGCCGCCAGACUGCACAAGCCCGACGUCAUCCCCGGCAACGACGCCGCUGUCAGAGGUCAGAGGUUGCCGGCGGAGAAGGUUCCGCCGCCCGUGCCGACCAAGCCGGCGCUCGAUCGGCGGGCGUUUACACCCGCGAGGUCGCCCUCUGUCGAGGUCGCGCCGAAGAAGCACUCGGUGACCUCUGACCCGAUCCUGAGCCCGAGCGCGGACACGCGAAAGGUCGAGUCGAACGCGAUCCCGACGAGACGUUCCGGAAAAAAGUUCACCGACCAUCGGCGGAACGACGACGACGAGGAAGUUCCGGUGAACAACGGCGGGAAGCCGACGGAACACAUCUACGCCGUUCUUGAUGCAAACACGAGCGUCCGCGUGCCGAGUCCGGGCGGAGUCGACGCAGAUGCGACGUCGAACGGCAAGGACUGCGUGCCGAGCGUGCCGCCGGUGUUCGAGCCCCCUGGUGGCAGGCUUGCGAAUCUUCAGGAGUCCGCGUCCGACCGGCCGGCCUUAUCUCCGCCCCCUGUCCCCGUGCAGGGGAAUGAUAAUCCCAGACCAGUGACGAGGGAGGACGAAGAUGACGAACACUCCACGUGGUUUUAGGGUCCACGACUCAUAAUGUUCAUAAUAUCUGCCCGGUUCAUCAUAGCUACCAUGCAUAUGUGUGUAUGUGCUCGGACACACGUGUAUAUAUACGUGUGUAUAUAUAUAUAUAUAAUAAAACGGUGGCAUAACAAGCAGAUAGUGACGACUACUAGUAAGUUUAUCAUGUUAUCGUGACUUAUCAGUAACAAGUGCAUAUAAUGUUCAACCGCAAUCUCCUUUUAACAAAUUUGCCUUAACCUGUUCGAUUUUUGUCUACCACCUUGGGUUGUUUCUUGAACAACGUUCACGCGCACCAUUAGCCUAAUAUCCUUACUUUUAUCCUAAUAACUUCCUAUAUAAGGCCUACAGUGACCGCUGAACGAUGAUGAAGGAAUCCAGCAUUGACACAGUCAUGCGCAACAUCUUACGAUAAUUAAUCGAAUCAUUUAUAUAAUUAAUAAUAGUAUGUAAAGGAACCGUGCAGGUGAGAGCCAUUUUCUGUGGUUCAUGGAUUAUUGAGCAUUAUUUAGCAUUCCAUCGUCGCUAGAUUUGUUUGGUGCUGCUGUUUAGUAAUCGCUAGUCAUUUGAUGUGCAAAUUCCAAAGCAGAGGCAAAGUUGUACUAUGUAUGCCAAGUCACCCAGUCGGUCGUGCACGUGCACGCAAUUAUGGAAGGCUUUAUUAUGUCACGUAGAGUAUAAUUAAAAAUCAAACGUUGUAAACGAACGAAUAUUUUCACGUUAGUUGCACAAAUAUUCACCCGUGUGUAAAUCUACAAUCUAGAAGCUAUGCAUUAUCCCAUCUUGCCUUAUGACGUUGUGUAGGUGUGCUACAUGCAAAGUGCCAUAAAAAUCGUGGCCAAAUAUAUAUGGCGUUAGCAGUUUAGUUUAUAUUUAAUAUUAGCAUACUGAAGAGGUGUUAGAUAAGGUAUGCUUAUAGAAUGUGGCAGAUACUCAUUCAUACCAUGGACAUAUCUAUAGGUGCACACACGCACGCAGGCGCACACACGCACCCACACACGCACACAACAUGCACAAGUGGUUAGACGCGCGCACG